CGAAAAGGGAAAACUGCCUCCGCCAUUUUCUGUCGUUCUUUCGCGCCAUUGAUGUUUGUACACAGUCUCUCAAUCAAUUGAUUUGAAUGUUUGGACAUUAUUUAGGAAUUUUGACUCAGGUGUUUCCUAGAAUAUUGUGUUUUUGGGCGGGAGGAGAUAUGACCUUAUUUGUUGUAUGAGUUAUAUAGUUGAAAAAUUGCAUGAUCUGAUAAAUAACAACAAUAGUCAAGAUGAUGCCCAGAAGAGGAGGAAAGCGCAUCCGCAUGGAUGACCCGCCGCCAGAAUAUGAAAAUCCAAUGACACCCAUGACUCCGUAUUCACCAUACAGCACACCUUAUCACAAUUCAUCUGCUGCCACUCCCAUACACACAGGUGCUGACUUGUAUGCCGAAAACUAUGGUGCACAUGCUGCUCAAGAAGAAGACUACAGUCUUCACCAUCAUCAACAGCAGCUUCCACAGCACCAGCAACUUCCGCAGCAUCAGCAGCACCAACAAAUGUAUCAGCCCCAAGACCAGCAGCAUCAGCAGCAAGCGGAAUAUCAGGCUGAGUUAGAACGGCAGCAACUAGAACGGCAGCAACUGGAACGUCAGCAAUUAGAACGUCAACAACUGGAACAACAGCAACUUGAGCAGCAACGGCAGCAUCAAGAACAGUUGCACUUGCAGCAGCAGCAACAACAGCAACUCCAACAACAGCAGCAACUCCAGCAGCAGCACCAUGAUCAGUUGCAACAGCAGCAGCUACAACAGCAACUUCAACAACAACAACUUCAGCAACAGCAACUUCAACAGCAGCAACAACAGCAUCAGCAUCAACAACAACAACAAGAAGCAGAGGAGCAUCAAUUGCAUCCGACCCAAGCUCAAGACAUUGAUGAAGAGGAUGCUCCUCUCAGAGGAAGAGUGACGCGAGCUCGCCUGAGAGGUGCAAUGAAUGCCCCUCCCGCACCAAGUACUGUGCCCAACCCAACUGCUGCCCAAAUUAGGAAGGCACUCGCUGAUGACACCAGCAAACAACCCAAAAAGCGAGCAGUCGGUGGUAGGAAAAGUAACAAUGAAACAUUAUCUGAAGAUGAAGCAUCACUGUAUUUCAUCUUAAAAAAUGGCAGAGCUUCCAUUCAGAGUACUGUUGAUGACUGGAUUGAAACCUACAAAUCCCAACGAGAUGUUGCCUUGUUAUCGUUAAUGCAGUUUUUCAUUAAUGCAUCUGGCUGUAAAGGUAAAAUAACCUCAGCCAUGCAAGUGAGCAUGGAGCAUGCUGGCAUAAUUCGUAAAAUGACUGAAGAAUUUGAUGAAGAAAGUGGUGAAUACCCUCUCAUAAUGACUGGACAACAGUGGAAGAAGUUCAAAAAUAACUUCUGUGACUUUGUUCAAACAUUAGUGAGGCAGUGUCAGUACUCCAUAAUUUAUGAUCAAUACUUAAUGGACAAUGUCAUAUCACUUCUUACUGGACUCUCUGAUUCUCAAGUACGAGCCUUUCGUCACACUGCCACUUUAGCAGCCAUGAAAUUGAUGACAGCUCUUGUUGAUGUGGCUCUAACCGUCUCAGUUACUUUGGCCAACACUCAGCGUCAGUAUGAGGCAGAACGUCAAAAAACUAGAGAUAAACGGGCUGCUGACCGUCUUGAGUCGUUGAUGGCAAAACGUCAAGAAUUAGAAGAAAAUAUGGAUGAAAUAAAGAACAUGCUUACUUACAUGUUCAAAUCUGUAUUUGUUCACAGAUACAGGGACACACUACCAGAUAUUCGUGCUAUUUGCAUGGCGGAAAUUGGGGUGUGGAUGAAAAAGUUUCAUUCAAAUUUUCUUGAUGACUCAUAUUUGAAAUAUAUUGGUUGGACUUUGCAUGACAAAGUUGGAGAAGUUCGUCUAAAGUGUUUGCAGGCCUUACAACCUCUCUAUGCUUCAGAGGAAUUGAAAGGAAAGCUAGAGCUUUUCACCAGCAAAUUUAAGGAUAGAAUUGUGGCCAUGACUUUAGAUAAGGAGUAUGAAGUUGCUGUGCAAGCUGUACGCUUGGUUAUCAGCAUUCUAAAGCAUCAUCGUGAUAUUUUGACUGACAAAGACUGUGAACAUGUCUAUGAGUUGGUUUAUUCCUCACAUCGUCAAGUCGCUCAAGCAGCUGGAGAGUUCUUGAAUGAGAGGUUGUUUGUACUUGAUGAAAAUGCUGUUAAUGGUAUUAAGACUCGCAGGGGUAAAAAACGUCUGCCUAAUACACCUCUUAUAAGAGAUUUGGUCCAGUUUUUCAUUGAAUCAGAGUUACAUGAGCAUGGUGCUUAUCUUGUGGAUUCUCUGAUUGAGUCUAAUGACAUGAUGAAAGACUGGGAAUGUAUGACUGAUCUUCUAUUGGAAGAACCUGGUCCUCAUGAAGAACCUCUUGAUGACCGUCAAGAAACUUCUCUCAUUGAAAUUAUGGUCUGUUGCAUUCGUCAGUCAGCCACUGGUGAACCUCCAGUUGGUAGAGGUCCAACAAGAAAGCAAGCACCCUCUGUCAAGGAAGUUAAACAGGUGAAGGAAGACAAAGAACGUCUUACUGAUCAUUUCAUGCAGGCACUUCCCCCUCUUUUGGAAAAAUAUGGAGUAGAUAGCGACAAACUAACAAACCUGCUGUGCAUUCCACAACAUUUUGAUCUAGAAAGAUACACCAGCUCAAGACAGGAAGGGAAUUUAGAUCAACUCUUGAAAAAAAUACAGAGAAUUGUUGAUCGAUCCACCGAUAAUGAUGUUUUAGAAGCUUGUGCCAAAACUUUAGAAAUCCUAUGUUCUGAGGGCACUGCAAUUUACACACGAUGUGAUGUUGCCCGAUCAACGCUGAUUGACACCCUGGUUAACAAAUACAAGGAAGCAAUUGAUGAAUGGCGCUCCCUCAUAGAUGGAGGAGAAGAACCUAAUGAGGAAGAGACUUUCCAAGUUAUUACAAGUUUGAAGAAAGUCUCCAUUUUCUCAGCAUGUCAUAAUUUGGGUCACUGGAACAUAUGGGAUUCAAUAUUCCAAGACAUCAAUGAUGCCAAAGAAACUCGUAAAACAUUGCCUGAAGAAGCUAUCAAGUACUGCAUUCAUGCUUGUUACUAUGGUAUACUAUGGGAUUUAAAAACAAUUGAAGACCGUCUAGAGGCUGGAAGCCCUGUGGAUACUGAGCUGACAUCGUUGAAACAGAGACUACAUCAGUUUAUGGAUCUCAUGAAACAACUUCUACCACUCACUGAUGUCCAAAUGUAUAGAGAUGAAGCCUAUAUCACACUGUGUGAUCUCCUUGUUGUAUUUUGCAACCAGCUUGGCCAGAGUUCACAUACUGCUCUGGAGCAACUGGUUUUUGAAGCUGAUAAAAGCCUGCAACAAAUGCUAAAUGGCUUCAUUCAAACCUAUGUUUUCAUUGAUGAGGAUGAAGAGGAGCUUGAUGAGCACUCCAAAAUUGAAGAGCUCCAUAAACGACGUAAUUUCCUUGCUUCUUUCUGUAAACUGAUUGUUUACAAUAUGAUGCCAAUAUAUGUGGCUGGUGAUGUCUUCAAACAUUAUGUGAAGUACUACAACGAUUAUGGUGAUAUAAUCAAAGCCACACUUGGUAAAGCACGAGAAAUCAACAAAAUUAACUGUGCUCGCACUAUGGUAAACAGUCUUGUCUUAAUUUUCCAAGAACUGCAAACAGAUGGGCAAAAAGUCAACCGUGCAGCUGAAGAAUUCACUAGUGUCAAGGAACUUGCCAAAAGAUUUGCUUUAUCCUUUGGAUUGGAUGCUGUGAAGAAUCGCGAAGCAAUCACUGCUCUUCAUAGAGAGGGUAUCUUAUUUGCUGUUCAGCAAUCACCUGAUGGUCCUGAGGAUCCAUCUAGCCCCCCACCAAAUUUGGCAUUCCUUGAAAUUCUUAGUGAAUUUACAAAUAAACUUCUAAAGCAGGAUAAAAGAGUAGUGCUGAAUUUCCUUAAUCGGAGGAUAUCAGCAGGUAUGCCCUCUAGCAGAGGAGAAGACUGGCAACCUCUUCUGCAGUACCGCAACAGUUUGGUUCAUGGUGAAUCUGAUCAACCUAUUGUGACCUCAAAAAGGGCAUACGGCAGGAAGAAAAAAGAUGCAGCUGAUGAUGAUGAAGGAGGUGAAGAUAAUGCUAACUCGGAUGAAGAGUACAAUGCAGGGACUCCUACACCUAAGGUUAACCGCAAACGAGUGCCAGUUGCACCUACAGCUCAGAAGCCUAAGCUUGAUGUUCGGUUUGCUCCUGUUAAGAAAAGACUUGCAGAGGCUUCACCUUCACCCUCUAGUUCUGAUACUCCCCCACCUUCUAACCACAAUUCAGGAGGCAAAAUAGGAAUCAAGUCUGCUCUUCGCACACGCUCCACCAGCCAUGACCUCAGUGUAAGGUUCAGUUCAGAGGAGAAUCCUGAUCGUCUCUCGGGACGUCUGAGGAAGAGGAAUACGACUGUUCAUAGCUAUGAAGAGCUCAGUGAUAUUGAUUCUGAUGAUGAUACAGGAUCUUCUAGAAGAAGAAGGAAUCGGUCAGCGGCUCAACGGAAAGACAGCGAAGUAAACAAUAACUCUGAUCUGAGUAAUGCCAUCGAAAGGGGAUCAACAGCUUCUCAACACAUGUCACCUGAUAGAGAUAUUCAAACUGCUGCAAGCUCUUCGUCAUCUUUGGUGGUGUCUGAAUCCACAGCUGACACCCAAGAUGGCAACGAUACCAAAUCACCGGACUCUAAUGCUGGGUCUGUGGGAGAAAAAGAUGAGGGAGGAGAUAGUAGUGAAGAGUACGAGAACGAUACUUAAUUUUUAAUGUAGUAUUUUUAAAGAUUUUGAUUUGAUUUCUAACCAAUCAAACUAACGAAACCUGUAGAAAAAUUGUCAGUAAUCUAUUCCUGUAAUAAAGUUUAGAUUGUGUGUGCUUGUCCUUUUCUUGUGUUUGAGAUCUGCCUUUUUUGUAUUGUUUUAUUUUAUAAUUGUAUAUCUGGUUAAUUUGUCUUGGAGAUUUACUCGCAAUCCUGCAAAGUAAAUUAUGUAUCAUUUGAAAAUAAAACAUUUCAUUUAAAAGAAAA